AUGUAUAUGGGAAAUACGGAGGAGACUGAGACUGAGGGGGAGCUCCUUGCCCUCUACAAGGACCUGAAACGAGGUUGUAGGGAGCAUUUGCCAGUAACUUUAUACCUCCUGGCUUUGGUUACUCCUGUUCCAUUCAAUGGUGAAAUUGUCAACUUCAAAGGAAACAGAAUUAGCUUCUUUUUCGGCAGCAGCAGAAUAAAGGAUUUUAUCAUUGACAAAAUACAUGUGUAUUUGGCUGUUAUUAGAGUACUGUUCUUUAAUUAUUCAGUCUUAAGUAUUUCAUGCCUGUUACACAAUAAGUCUGAAAUGGGGUAUGCUGCAAAUAAAUCCACUAUUAAGUAUGCUCCUGAUUUCUGCUUUUAUAUUACAACUAAGCUGAGGAAUCCACAUUAUCUUCCUGAAAUGUCUGUUAAGGUCAUUGAGAACAAGUGGAAAUUUCUGUUGACUGGAGGCACAGGUUUGGACAAUCCCUCCUCUGAUGCAUGUACCUGGCUUUCUCCAAAAUCAUGGGAUGAAAUUUGUCAACUAGAAGAUUUGCCAUUCUGCACCAACACUCAUAAGGAUUUUACGCAGCUGAAGGAUGGAUGGGAAUUGGUGCGACAGCUUGAGAAACUGGAAUGGGAUGCAGGAGACCUGUGUCCUGUUCCAAAUUCUGACAGUGAUAGCUACAUAAAUGAAAUGACUGACUGCCUUUAUCUGGCUUCACCACUGUUUUCUUGA